AUGGGGACAUCAGUCCCGAACUGGAUCGGGCCGAACCCCGACGCCGUGCGCCGACGCCGGCGCCCGUCCCCGCCCGCGCCGCCGCCUGGACCUCGCCGGCCCCCGCCCUCAUCCUCGCGCUCCCGUCCCCUCUCCCUCAGCGGCGCCCCUCGCCGCGCCUGCCGCGUCGCCCCCGACGGCCCGUCGCCGUCCCUCGCCGCCCGGAGCUCCACUAAGCCUCGCCUCGCCCCCGACACCCGCGGCGGCCUGAGGCCGACGUCGCCACGCGGAGCCCCUCCCGUCGCCAGACUUCCAUGCCCCGUCGUCGCCUCCUCGUCCUCCUCCCCAAGCCACGUUGCCCCGAACCCUACGGCCCCCUGUGAGCCGCUACCCCCCUCUCCUCUCUCCUCUGCCUCGUUCCCGGCCGACGCGCGCCCUCCCCUGCUCACCGCACGACGCGUCGUCGUGCGCGCACGCGCCCGCCCUCACCUAGCGCCACCACGCCGCUCACCCGCUCCCCUGCACACUGCUCGGGGCGCGCCCUGCACGCGCCCACCCGUGCCCCGUGGCCGUGCCCUGCCUCGCCCACGGCCACCGCUGCCGGUCGCCCCUACCCCGUGCCCCGCCUGCCGAGCCCUUGCCCGCGUCCCUCGCUACCCUGCCUCGCCGAAGCUGCUGCAGCUCGCCGGAACCGCCGCUCGCCUCGUCUCCGCCCUCUCCUCCCUCCCGUGGCGCCGCCCUCCGCCGCCUCCCUUGGCCGGCAUCGUGGGCGCCGGCGGCCUCGCCACGCCCGUGGCUGGCGCCCCCCCUGCCCGUCGAUUUGGGCGCCCGCCCAGUUGGGCGACGACGCCCGACGCCCGGCUCCGCCCAGCACCCGACGCCCGCUAA